CCUCAGAGACUUCAAGUUUGACUGUUCAUGUUCAGGAGAACAAAUCAGUCGUCACGCCUUUUGUGAGCAGAUCACGUCUGAUUUACAGUCGUCUUGGACACCACCACUUUCAUUUAUUGUAUUAUUCAACUCCGAAGGUGCUUUUGCAGAGGAGAAAGUUAUCAAAGAGGGUUAAAAACCUUGCUUUUGAUUCGCAGCAGAAGCUCUCAAGUUGUUCACAUUUAUUGAGUCUCUAGCGCGUUACACGAUUUUAUCUGGCUGGCGGACUCGGAACGAUGCCUAUCACACGCUCUGCCAACCCAAUUUCAUUAUCGACGUCAUCUAAAGCCAAACCUCGUUCUAGUAUUGGAACGACAACAGAUCUUUCAACUCCGGGCACGUCUCCGCGCCGCACUCCCCACUGCAAGACAUGCCACCGACCCAGGCAGGGACAUCCCCGCUCCGGUUGUCCUUAUAUUGAGCCCACGAUGUCAGAUCAGACUAGUGGUGCCACAGAAGAUAUUGUAGACGAACUGUCAUCCUUGCGCAUCGUGAAUUCCAAUGAUGAGCGUUCUUCCCUUUCCACUGAAACACCCAUCCAAUCCAAGAACCUCAAACGACGACUCUCUGUCCGUUUCGCUCUUCUUCCAGCGGGAAGUCUCGCUUCACUCUCCACCACAUCUUCGGAAAUCGUAGAGAGACUUCUCCAGCCAGGAAUGAUGAGUAACGUGUCCGAUGAUGAUACCGAUGAUGGUGAUGGUGAUGGCGAUGGCGAUGGUCAGAGAGCAAUAAUGCAAUGGAAACGGACUUUAACUCGUCCCGAAUCACCUCCGGAAGACACUCCAGAAGUCAGUUCCAGUGCGGGAAACGAGACAUACACAACCAGUCAUCGUAGUUCCGGUACCGGCCUGUCACGUCGCAUGCCGUGCACGCUGCGGACCCCGACUCCGAGCCUAGUGUCCACAGAACCACUUUCUAGCCAUCCCACAAGUGACUCUGUCGAUAUGAACAAAACUGUCUUCCUUGAUCCAGAUUCCGAAAGGAAGCCGAAUCCUCUGGCGCGAACGAUGAGUGCAGACGAAAGAUCAUUAUUCCUCAAUAAUCUUACGCAAUCAUCAGGGAUUGCGCCUGCCAUGUUAUUCUCCAUCCCAUUAAUCGAUCUCAAAGCCGUACAACAUGACGCAGAGAAACUAGGUUUCAGCGUCCGAGUUUUGCCGAAUGGAAGCUUACGAGAGCAUCGAUGGGUCAUAUUGGCUAAGGAGGGAGAUGCAGCAGAAUUCCUUGAACAACGUCUCACGGAGGAAGAGGAGAAAGGGCGGAAAGCAAAGGGGAAUCUUGGUGUUGCCGCUGGCGGAGCACUAGUUGGCGCUGUGGCGACAUUCACGGGACUGGCGUUUUCUUGAAAUGGCUUUCCUUGUCCAAUACACUGACAAUCGGUUCCAUGAUAAAGUACUCGUAUGUAUAUCUGUAUGGUAGUAGCAUGUCUUAUUGGUUUUGGCCUGCGGUCUCCUGUCCUGCAUUGGG